AUGGGGAUAAAUGAGGCAUACACUGUGGUAAGAGGAAACAUUCUUAUGAUGAAUCCUCUUCCAUCCAUGGCACAGGCUUUCUCUUUACUGAUCCAAGAGGAGAAACAGAGAGAAUUUAGACCUUCUAGUCGAGUUCCUAUGGAGUUAGCUUCUUUGAGUGUAACUACUUCCAAUAGUAAUGGAAAGGGCCCACAGGAAGGAACUACAAGACAUCAUUCUCCAACAACAACUAUUCUGGAAGUAACAGUACCUCAGGAAAUAACAAAAACUAUGGAGGAUCCAAUUAUUACUCAGGCAGCAACGGGACAUAUCAGGGAAAAAUGCUACAAGUUAAAUGGAUAUCCACAAGGACACAACAACCAGGCUAACAGGAACAAUGGAUUUCAUGCUAGACAUAACAACAAUCAUGAAUAUAAAGGAAAGAGAGUUGUGGCUAAUGUGCAUGGAUCUCCUGAUGACAUGAUGCCUGCUCAGGGAGAAGACUGUCCACAGGGUAAUCACAAUCAAAAUGCCACACUUACUAAGGAUCAAUAUGCUCAUAACAUGAAUCUCCUGCAGCAUUUUCGAGUCGAAGGAGAGGACUCAACUAACUCGAACACAUGUGCUGGUUCUGUGAACUUUACAGGUAUUGUAGUAUGUUCUUCCUCUGUAGAUUUUGGCAAAUCUUCAUGUGAAUGUUUUAAAUCAAGUGCUGACUUGUGGAUCAUUGACUCGGGGGCAUCAAACCAUAUAACCUUUAACAGAUCCUCUCUUACCAACAUCCAAACCAUGCCUUACCCUAUGCUUGUUUCUUUGCCUAAUGGAUAUAAAGUUAGAGUGACAAAAUUUGGUGAUGCAGUGAUCACAUCUGAAAUUGUUUUACACAAAGCCCCUUCAGUGAAGAGGCCUCAAGUGCUUGGAAAUAGCAGAGAAGGGCUUUAUUUUCUUUGUUCAAGAUGUCUGAAAAACAAUAUUAAAUCCUCCACCUGUUGCUAUACUUUUGUAUGUUCUUCCACUUCUGAUAAUGAUCAAAAUGUGUUGAGAAACAAUAACUCUUCCACUACUUCUACUAAACAUACUAUAGACUUGGCCAUAACAGUUUCUUCCACUGAUUUCUCUGAUUGUAUUGAAUCAACACCUGAUAAUACUUUGUUAAAUCAAAACACAGAUAUGAUUCCUACUAACUCAAAUAUGUCACACCAUCCUCAUUCCCCCUUUCACAAUCAGCCUACUCCCACACUGCCCUCUCCUCCUGCAGUAAUGCAAAUGAGAUCACAAAGAGGGAAUAAGCUCCCUUCACACUUGAAGGAUUACAUUUUUUCUAUCCCUACUUUAAAGACCCUUGCUCCCACACAAUCUAUUUCCAAUGCUCUUUCUCUCAAUGCCUUGUUCACUAAACACCACCACAUAUCUCUUAAUGUCAUUGCCUCCACCAGUCAAGCAGUGGUUGAAAACAUUUGCCAUGAUAGUGAACCUUUAUCUUAUGAGGAGGCAACAUUAAGUUCUGCUUGGCAAAAGGCCAUGAUACAAGAAUUUGAUGCACUCUAUGCGAAUAAUACUUGGGAUUUUGUGAGAUUACUUGCAGGAAAGCAAGCAAUUGGUUGUAGGUGGAUGUACAAAGUGAAGCACAAAUCCGAUGGCAGUAUUGAAAGGUUUAAGGCCAGACUAGUGGUUAAGGGGUACACUUAA